GUCUCAAAACGACGCAGUUUUGUCUCAUCUCCUUCUAAAAAAUAUCUCCUUUUUGCGAAAAAACCUCAUUUCUCCGUUCACUGUCCGCAGAUAUUAAUCCGUCGCCGACCAAAAACCCUCUCCCUUCCCAACUCCGACCGAUUCCACCAAUCUGCCUCGGUCGCCGGAGAAUCCAUCCGCCGCCGGACCGACUGCUUCCCCCGAGCUGCCGCGAUCUACUAAGUCCACCCGAAUUCAGGGAUUCGUUUCUUUAAUUUUGGCCCUGGUUUGAGCUGAAUCCUUCGAUUUCUCUUAUGUGAUCCAGUUCUAGUUGGAAUUUAUAUCCGAGCCUCUGAAGAAGAAUGGAUCGGGCGACCAUAACUGUAGGACCGGCGAUGGAUAUGCCGAUCAUGCACGACAGUGACCGGUACGAUUUCGUCCGGGAUAUCGGCUCCGGGAACUUUGGGGUGGCCAGGCUGAUGAGAGACAAGCAUACGAAAGAGCUAGUCGCUGUUAAGUAUAUCGAGCGGGGCGAAAAGAUUGAUGAAAAUGUUCAGCGAGAAAUCAUCAAUCACAGGUCCCUGAGGCACCCUAACAUAGUCAGGUUCAGAGAGGUCAUCCUGACCACUACCCAUCUUGCAAUUGUAAUGGAAUAUGCAUCAGGAGGAGAGCUCUUUGAGCGAAUAAGCAAUGCAGGGCGGUUUAGUGAGGAUGAGGCUCGUUUCUUCUUUCAACAGCUUAUAUCGGGAGUCAGCUUCUGCCAUGCUAUGCAAGUGUGUCACCGGGACUUGAAGUUGGAGAACACUUUAUUGGAUGGAAGUCCAGCUCCUCGUUUGAAAAUAUGUGAUUUUGGCUACUCAAAGUCAUCAGUUCUUCAUUCACAACCUAAGUCAACUGUGGGAACGCCUGCAUACAUUGCUCCAGAAGUACUACUGAGGCAAGAAUAUGAUGGCAAGAUUGCAGAUGUAUGGUCAUGUGGAGUGACCCUGUACGUAAUGCUUGUCGGAGCCUAUCCUUUUGAGGAUCCUGAUGAACCAAAGGAUUUCCGGAAGACAAUACAAAGAAUUCUAAGCGUCCAGUAUUCUAUUCCUGAUUGUGUUCAAAUAUCUCCUGAAUGUCGCCAUCUGAUAUCGAGAAUUUUUGAGGCAGAUCCUGCAACGAGAAUCACUAUUCCAGAGAUAAAGAAGCAUUCAUGGUUUUUGAAGAAUCUCCCGUCGGAUUUGAUGGAUGAAAACACAAUGGGAAACCAAUUUGAAGAGCCAGAUCAACCGAUGCAGAGCCACGAUGAAAUAAUGCAGAUAAUUGCGGAGGCUACAAUACCAGCAGCUGGUUCGCAACGCCUUAUGUGCAUGGCAGAUAACCUUGACAUGGACUACGACGACGACGACAUGGACGACAUGGACGAUGAAUCUGAGCUUGAUGUAGAAAGCAGUGGCGAGAUAGUGUAUGCAAUUUAACAAUUGAUCAUCAAGAUGCUGAAGUGACAAAUUAUGGGACUGGUUCUGACUCAAAGAAUUUGUUAAGAAGAGGAAGUGCAUUAUCUUGUUCAUGUUCUCAACGAUUUGUAGAUUAUCUUUACAAGUGCCUUUUGAGAUUUACAUGCUCCUUUGGAUUAUGCCAUGUUAAUAAAAUGCAUCUAUUAACCCAUGUUGUGAAAAAGGAUUUCAGCGCCAUGAGGCUAUGAAGAAGAUAGGGUUGGAUGAGACUGCGUCGAUGCUGUUAAAAGUCGGGAGGUCUAAUCCGUUUUUUCCACUGGUUUUGCUAUUUGACUGAGUUUGUACUGUAUUUGUUUUCCGUUGUUAUGUUUUGCAUGAAUUUGUGGUACCCUGUACAAAAGUUAUGAACUUUCUCUUUGUGAUUUGCCCUUUU